CCGGGGCCUGCGGGAACUACAAUUCCCGUGAAACACUGCGUCCACGCAAGCGUGUCAGCUCGCGCUUCUAUACUUUGUUCUAUUGGCUGGCCGAUUGGACCAGGAAUCCUGAUUGGCCCAUGGCCUGAGGCCACAGAUUCCGGAAAGGGGAAGAGCAGCCAAUAUGGCGGCGGAGCGCGGCGCGGGGCAGCAACAGUCGCAGGAGAUGAUGGAGGUUGACAGGCGGGUUGAAUCUGAAGAAUCUGGUGAUGAGGAGGGGAAGAAGCACGGUGGCCGCCUCGUGGCGGACCUCAGCGAGCAGAGCCUGAAGGAUGGAUUAGAACGGGGCGCAGAAGACCCCGAAGAGGAGCAUGAGCUGGCAGUAGACAUGGAAACCAUCAGCCUGGACCGAGAUGCAGAGGAUGUUGAUCUGAAUCACUAUCGAAUUGGAAAGAUUGAAGGCUUUGAGGUGUUAAAGAAAGUGAAGUCACUCUGCCUUCGUCAAAACCUAAUUAAAUGCAUUGAGAACCUGGAGGAACUGCAGAGUCUUCGAGAACUGGAUCUCUAUGACAAUCAGAUCAAGAAGAUUGAGAAUCUUGAGGCACUAACAGAAUUGGAGGUUCUAGAUAUUUCUUUUAAUUUGCUGAGGAACAUUGAAGGGAUUGACAAACUGACACAGCUGAAAAAACUCUUCUUGGUCAAUAAUAAAAUCAAUAAAAUUGAGAACAUAAGCAACUUACAGCAACUGCAAAUGUUGGAGCUGGGGUCUAACCGGAUUCGGGCAAUUGAAAAUAUUGACACGUUAACCAACCUGGAGAGUUUGUUUCUGGGGAAAAACAAAAUUACAAAACUUCAGAACCUGGAUGCACUUACCAACCUGACAGUCCUCAGUAUGCAGAGCAACCGACUAACAAAGAUCGAAGGUCUACAGAGCUUGGUGAACCUUCGUGAACUAUACCUCAGCCACAAUGGCAUCGAGGUUAUCGAGGGCCUGGAGAACAACAACAAACUCACCAUGUUGGAUAUUGCAUCAAAUAGAAUAAAAAAGAUUGAGAAUAUCAGCCAUCUGACAGAACUGCAAGAAUUCUGGAUGAAUGACAAUCUCCUGGAGAGCUGGAGUGACCUCGAUGAGCUGAAGGGUGCCAGGAGUCUGGAGACCGUGUACCUGGAGCGCAACCCCCUGCAGAAGGAUCCACAAUACCGGCGGAAGGUCAUGCUUGCCCUACCCUCUGUGCGGCAGAUCGACGCCACAUACGUGAGGUUCUGAGCCCUCCUUGCUCCUCACCUGGUCCCUGUCCUCAAAAGAACUUCCCAGCCACGGUUUUUUAAUCUACCUAUUGCUCCUGAAGUCGUCACUAUACCAACAGUCACAACCCAAUGGCAAUAAUAAGGCACUGGUGGUACCUGGCCUGUGAUGCUACACACCAUCUGGAGAUGCCAACACUAUUAAAUCUUGCCACGCGGUCUUCCUGGUGAAUUGGUGACAGUUAUUGUAGCCAUGGAGAGAAUGCAGGACAUGUUGCAGUCACUUGCUCUUUCAGUCUGUCUCUGUUCUUACCUUGGUGGGCGUUCUGAGCUGCCCCAGUAGACCAGAGUUGGUUUAAGUAGUCAUGACCCACAACAGCACACUGGAUGGUCUUUCAGACUAAUUUUGGAAAGAAAAAAAUUUUCUUUGCCAAUUUUGGAAAAGAAAAGAUUAUAUUUAAAUUUCUUUUGAGUAAAAGAUGGUCCAGUGUCAGAAGCUGUAAUCCUCAGUGCCCUUCCAACAUGAGCAUGGGCUGGGCACAGCGCACUGGGCACUGUAUGCCCUUAUUCCCACUUGGUAAAAGCUGAGAUAGGGAGAGCUUCGCUCCCUAUCACCCAGCUAUGUUAAACCUAAGUGAUUUUGAGAAAUGUACAUUCCUUAGCUCUUGGCCACUGAGCACUAGUCAUGUGGCUCCUGUUCUCCCCCCCACCCCCUUUAUCCUCUGGCCUUAUUUAGAUGAAAUUUCUAUGAGCAAACUCCUAGGGCAUAAAUCUAAUGCUGCAAGAGUGUUCUCCUCCCUCUGCGCCUCAGACUUCCUCUUUCACACAAUGAGGACUAACUAUGGUCAUCGAAGACCCAUGAGCUUCCAGGGUUCUAGCUCUACGCUGUCCCAGAUGGGGCCACUAACUGCCACAUGUAGCAAUUGCUAUUCAUAUCUAGUCCAUUGGAUUUAUUCAUCUCUUCACUUGUACCCACACUUCAUCUGCUCAGAGGCCACAUAUCAUGGAAGGCUUCCAUUUCUGUCAUCACAGAAGGUUCUGGAAAAUACUACUCUUGACUCUGCUUAGUCUUAGGGGAAACAACUUGCACUGAGCUGUGAAGCAUGUGCCUAGGUGUGCAAGCUAACCGGUUGCCCAGGAGUUUGUAAUGUCAGAAUGGUUACAUGGGACUUAACAUCUAUUUUCUGAUUCUAAUUCUCACCAAAAUAAACUGUAUGAUUUGAAUCUGUGCACCAUCUCCCUGACAAGAAAUAAGCUCUUAGCAAGGAACGUUGCUCAGAUGGAGGAGCAACAUGCAGCCCAGAGAACAUUGUGCCACAGCCCUGGGAUUGUACCAAGCACCAUCCAUGUCAGAACAAGAGAAAAACAUCUUAGACACACAAGGACUGAAAUGUACGUGUACCUGCUGCGGUCACUCACAGAAUCCUACACACGUGCUUCUAUAGAGUGGAGAGAGAAGUAAUAGAAAGGGAGCAACAGGCACCAAAGCCACAGCACCUCGAGGAUGUCCUGCAGCAUUCACUUGUGGGAGAAUCCUACUAGUUAAAUGGAACGGACGGGGCAAAUAUCUCCAAAUAAACUGAAAUUCUGGAAUUAGGAAAA